GAACCCCCUACUCCCAAACUAAAUCCAAGAGAUUCCGUCAUGGUUUUCGUGGAGUUCCUGAUAUUCGUGGCCUUCAUCGGCUUGCUGCUGUACAAGUGGUCUGUCCAUAGCUUUGGCUACUUCUUGAAAAGGGGCGUGGCCCACGAGAAGCCCAUUCCCCUGUUGGGUAAUAUUCCCUGGUCGGUGAUGAUGGGCAAGGAGUCGUACAUAAGGCACAGCGUUGAAAUGCAUUCGCGGCUGAAGCAGAACAAGGUCUAUGGAGUCUACAACCUGCGCGAUCCUCUGUACUAUCUCGCCGAUCCGGAACUCAUCCGUCAGGUGGGCAUCAAGAGCUUCGAUACCUUCGCCAACCAUCGCAAGGGUAUCACCGACGGACCCAACGAUACCAGUGUGAUGUCCAAGAGUUUGCUCAGUCUGCGGGAUCGUCGCUGGAAGCAGAUGCGCAGCACCUUGACGCCCACCUUCACGAGUCUCAAGAUCCGCCAGAUGUUCGAGCUGAUCCACUACUGCAACGUGGAGGCAGUGGACUUUUUGCAGCGCCAACUGGAUGAGGGCAGUUCGGAACUGGAGCUGAAGGACUUCUUCACGCGUUACACCAACGACGUGAUUGCCACGGCCGCCUUUGGCAUCCAGGUGAAUUCCUUCAAGGAUCCCAACAACGAGUUCUUCUCCAUCGGGCAGCGCAUCUCGGAGUUCAGUUUCUGGGGCGGACUCAAAGUUAUGUUCUACAUUCUGAUGCCCAAGUUGAUGAAGGCCCUGCGAGUUCCCGUGAUGGACAUGAACAACGUGGACUACUUCAAGAAACUGGUCUUCGAUGCCAUGAAGUAUCGCAAGGAGCAGAGCAUCGUGCGCCCCGACAUGAUCCACCUGCUGAUGGAGGCCCAGCGGCAGUUCAGGAAGGAUCAAGAGGGAGCCAAGGAAUCGCAGGAGGAGCAAGGAGCCGAGUUCAACGACGAGGACCUGCUGGCCCAGUGCCUUCUGUUCUUCUCGGCGGGCUUCGAAACGGUGUCCACCUGCCUGAGCUUCACCAGCUACGAACUGCUGAUGAAUCCCGCGGUGCAGGACAAGCUCUACGAGGAGAUCCUGGCCGUGAAGGAGGAGCUGGGCGAUAGGCCUCUGGACUACGACACCCUGAUGGGCAUGAAGUAUCUGGAUUGCGUGGUCUCCGAGUCGCUGAGGAAGUGGCCACCGGCCUGGGUUCUGGACAGGAUGUGUGCGGCUGACUUCGAACUGAAGGACGAGGAGGGACAGCUGGUGCUGCAAUUGCGCAAGGACGACCUGGUGCACAUUCCCGUGGUGGCACUGCAUCACGAUCCGGACAACUUCCCGCAGCCCGAGGAAUUCCGACCAGAGCGCUUCGACGAGGAGCACAAGCACGAGAUCCGGCAGUUCACCUACCUGCCCUUUGGCGUGGGCCAGCGCAGCUGCAUCGGCAACCGGAUGGCCCUCAUGGAGGUCAAGUCGCUGAUCUUCCAGUUGCUCCUAAGGUAUAGACUGAAGCCCACGGACCGCACUUCCAAGGACAUGAUGGCCAGCAUUGCCGGCUUUCGAAUGAUGCCGCGGGAAUUGUUCUGGUGCAAACUGGAGUCCCGUGGCUCCGCUUAAUUAAUAUUACUUCCCCAGACACAUGCAUCCUUAUAAAUAUUAAUAAAAAGAAUGGUAGAUGGUGGAGAAAAAACGA